GUCCACCUUCCAAGUUAAUUAACCAUAUCUUCAUCUUUGACAAUGAAUCACUGCUUCUUCUUUCAGCCAAACAUAAACCCCCAAAAUCAAAAACAUGCUUUUCUCUCUACUCGAUCAAAAAAUGGAAAGCAAAGAACGAGAACUUCAGUGUCCUCUCAGUAUUUGGAGACGAUUCUACGAUUUCGUGGUGAAGUUAUUAGCUACACAGGCCUUGAAGAAAGAAACACUUGGCCAACGACAUACACUUGGUAAAGUUGAAUCAAAGAAGGAAAAUUCUGAUAUUGGCUCUAAUAUCAUAAGUACUGUUGAAGAAAACAUGGUUACAAAUGAAACGGUAUCAGUCGAUGGGGAACAAGUAGAAUUAUGUGUCCCAAAAGAAAAGGCUCCAAGAAAAAUUGUGAGCAUAAAGGAUGAAGUUGAUGAGAUACGCAUAAGUUCAAGGAGAAUCAAGAAGAGGACAUCGAAAGGAAGUUUUAGCUCCUUCGAUGAUGAGCAUGAGGUUGUGUCUUUGAAACCAUUGAAAUCGAUUCUAAGAAAGGAUUCAGGAGUAAGCAAAGAUCUAUGAUUACAUAUUAUAUUGGAUUUGUAUUAAGGAAAAUUUCAUACAUGUGUAAGUUAUGUAAUUCUGUUGUGGUUGAUGUCAAAUUAAAUUUACAUACUGUUCCAUGCACGAUAUGCAUGAGAUUAACUAAAACUUUUUAUAUUAACAAAUAAA